UAUGCCUGUCAUUUGAUUCGAUUUACGGUCGGUCACCGUUUAUUCACGAAAGUAAGAGCGAGAAACAAUUUGGUGAAGAGCGACCAAAAUUUUUGAGAGGGGGACCAAAAUUUGCAGAGAGAAGUGGUGACGGUGAUGAAGGGUUUUGGAAGACUGAUAGGACGGGCUCUCCUCUGCAGAAGAUUGGAACCCUACGCAGAGAACAGUGUUCGAUACAUAUCUCGUCGCCUCUUAUUCGCCUCUUCAACAACGUCUCAAACUUUAUCUGAUUUCACGAAAUCUUCAUUUAACUCUUCUUUGCACUCCUCAAAAUGGGGCCAUUUCGUAGGACAGAGGAGGACCAUGUUUAUCGCAACACAAUCCACUCCUAAUCCUUUGUCACUCAUGUUCGAUCCGGGGAAGCCAGUUAUGGAAGUUGGGAGUGCAGACUUUCCGAAUGCUCGUUCAGCCAUGAACUCUCCACUGGCUAAAGCGUUAUAUGGCAUCGAUGGAGUUACUCGGGUUUUCUUUGGAUCAGAUUUUAUAACCGUGACAAAAUCAGAAGACGCCACGUGGGAUUUUCUGAAACCCGAAAUUUUUGCAGCAAUUAUGGACUUCUAUUCCUCUGGAAAUCCACUGUUUUUGGAUUCAAAUGCUGCAGUUGCCAUGGACACAGCUAUUCAUGAAGAUGAUUCAGAAGCUGUAGCUAUGAUUAAGGAACUGUUGGAGACUCGUAUACGUCCAUCAGUGCAAGAUGAUGGUGGGGACAUUGAGUACAGGGGAUUUGAUCCUGAAACUGGAAUAGUCAAACUAAAAAUGCAAGGAGCGUGUAGUGGCUGCCCUAGUUCAGCUGUUACUCUGAAGUCUGGCAUUGAGAACAUGCUGAUGCAUUAUGUGCCUGAGGUUAAAGCCGUGGAGCAGGAACAUGAUGACGAAGAUGACGAUGCAACAUUAACUGGGGAGACGAGCAAUUGAAUUCGAAUUUUGUUUUGCAAGGCAUUUAUAUUUUGAUAGGCAGUGAGGUCAAAGAGGGAUUUAGUACCUUCCGGUGCAAAAAUUAAUAUAGUUGAAUUCUGGUUACUGUAUUUAUGAAUUAAAUUAUUUGAGACUAAGCUAAUUGCAAUUGAAUGUGAUAUUAACAUGUUUCUAUUAAUAGAAAAUUUGGUCCAAUAAUGAUUGUCAAUCAA